CUUCCUCGCUGUAUAUAUUCCAAAGCAAACGUGGGUCGAAUCCCAUUGCGCACACGAUGAUUCCGGCGCUAGUUCUGCUUCUUGUGUAUAACUUAUGUUGUGCGCGUGUCUAUGCGUUUGAUCCUGAACGAAAAGAUGGAAUUAUUGGCCAUGACCUACUGCUAGAUCUAUUGAAGCGUUUAGACGCAAAGGAUGAUGAAAUUAAAGAGCUACGUGGAAUUCAAAUGCUACAGGAGGCCAAUAUAAACAAGCUCAUGAUGCAGAUUGGUGAACAUGACGUCAAUAUCAACGAACUUCGGAAGAAAUUGAACGAAAAGGAUAAUGCGAUCAGUGAAAUGGAUAAAAAUCAAUAUCACCAUGAUAAAAUGUUGAACGAACUUCAAUACAACGUGGAAAAACUACACAUUGAAAAUGAUCAAUUACGGAAAUAUUAUCCCAAAUGCGAAAGAAGAAUACAAUCGUUACAGGUUGUCAUGAAGAAGUACAUGCAGAGAAAUAAAAUCUCACAAAUUGUUCGUCAACACAAAAACCCACACUAUGUCGAGGAUGAGGCUAAUCCUAAUCAAUUUGGUGAUACAGUGGAACGUGGUUUUAACAAAUCUGGAUCAGCGAUUACCGUCUCCCUCAACCGCCGCGAUUCAAACAAAAAGAAUCGAGAUGACAGACGUCAUGCUGGGACAGAUAUCGUGGCAUUCUUUGCAUCGCUAACGAAUAACCUUCAAAAUCUUGGUGUAGGUGAGAACGUAAAAUUUGAUCACGUAAUAACCAACAUCGGCGCAGCAUAUAACCCUCAUGCUGGCGCAUUCUUUGCUCCAGUGUCCGGUACAUACGUGUUUAUGUCAACAUUAUUGGCAUAUUAUGGACACAACGGUCAUUUUCAAGUGGUCCACAACGGGAAUAUGGUUUGUAAUCUGUAUGUCGCUGGUGCUGCGGGUAUAACACACGACACCAGCGCUGGAAGCUUUGUCCUCUAUCUAGAGAAAGUCGACAUGGUAACCAUACAGAAUUCGGAUUCAGGCGAAUGGCUUUCGGGAAGCCAUUAUUCUUUCUUCUCAGGGUUUCUCUUGAAAGAAAUGGAACACAAUCCAUCAGUUGUUGGUUAAAUAUGUUUUAUGAAUUUACGAAUACAAUCUAUGAUAAGAAAA